GUGAAGUCUGACCUGUCCUGCUGGUUCUGGAGGGUUUCAGCGAUCACUUAAAGUCCGUCCUCCGUCUGUCUGCGCCCGGAGUGAAAUGUCUGCGGUGAUUCCUCGUAUCGAGCAGCUGUCAGCGCGAGUGGUGCGGGUUUUGGGAUGUAACCCGGGGCCAAUGACACUGCAGGGCACCAACACAUACCUGGUGGGCACGGGCAGAAGGCGAGUGUUAAUUGACGCAGGUGAGCGCGCGGUACCGGAGUAUAUCGUCAGUCUUCGCGAGGCUCUGAAACAGCACGACACUUCAAUACAACACAUCAUAGUCACACACUGGCAUCACGACCACACUGGAGGAGUGCAGGACAUACUCGCACACUUCAACACAG